GCAGCUCGUCGAGAGUGCGUUUCUGUGCAUUUCUGUGGGCAGUGCAGCGCGUUUGCGCGCCUUACUCUGUGUGUAACUUCCUUGUCCAACACUGGUAAAAAUGCGAGGCGGGACGUCCGCGCUGUUGCACGCGCUCACCUUCAGUGGGGCCGUGUGGAUGUGCACCCCAGCGGAGGCUUUGCCGAUUCAGAAGUCUGUGCAGCUGGGCAGCUUUGACAAAGUUGUGCCGAGCCGCGAAGUCGUCUCUGAGAGUCUUGCUCCGUCUUUCGCGGUGACUGAGACUCACUCGUCUGUGCAAUCCCCCAGCAAGCAGGAGACGCAACUCUGUGCUAUCUCGAGUGAAGGCAAGCCAUGUCGAAACCGUCAGUUGCACACUGACAACGGGUACUUCAUCGGGGCCAGUUGCCCCAAGAGCGCUUGCUGCAGCAAGACCAUGUGCGGCCCCGGCGGCUGCGGAGAAUUCUGCUCCAGCAACUGGAUUUUUUGCAGCAGUUCGCUCAUCUACCAUCCUGACAAAAGCUAUGGAGGAGACUGCAGCUGUGAAAAGCAGGGCCAUCGGUGCGACAAAAACGCAGAAUGCGUCGAAAACUUGGACGCGGGUGGGGGUGUGCACUGCAAGUGCAAAGACGGCUUCGUCGGCACUGGGUUGACUUGCUCCGAGGAUCCUUGUUCAAAAAGAGGGAACGCGAAGUGCGGACCCAACGGGACGUGCAUCGUCGUCGAUUCAGUCAGCUACACAUGCACCUGCGGCGACGGCGAAACUCUAGUGAACCUCCCGGAAGGGGGACAAGGAUGCAAGAGGACUGGAUGUCAUGCCUUCAGGGAGAACUGCAGCCCUGGUAGAUGUAUUGAUGACGCCUCGCAUGAGAAUGGCUACACCUGCGAGUGCCCCACCAGGGUACUCACGUGA